AUGGUCAACUUCAGCAACGCUUUCUUAGCUACAGGGCUCCUAGCCACUCUUGCUGCCGCGGCACCAUCACCAGCCAUCGUCUUGGAGAGAGAUGUGAAGGAUGCUGAAACUGUCAAAUGCCCUACAACCGAAGUCUCGAACUUUGGAAAGACAUUCAAAAAAGACGACAUUGAAGCCGAUAUCAAGGCCAACCCAGACCCCAACAAGCAGACCGACAGCUUUCCCAAGGAAUAUAGAUAUGAUGGAACCGGUUCUUGGCCGUUCAAGAAGAAGACCGCUUGCGAUGACCACAAGGAGAAGGGCAAGAAGAUCUACGAGAUUCCGAUUGGCCCAUCUGGACAGGCUUGGAAGAAAUUCGGCUCUAAGCCCGGAACCUACAGGGUCCUCUACGCUCUUGACGACGAUGACCAGAUUUUCUGCGGUGUGACUGCUCAUGCGAGCAAGACGGACUUCAACAAGGUCGUUGGGUGUGAAGAGUAA